AUGAUAGUCUUCAUUUUCCUUGCCAUGGUGCUUUGCUUGGAAAAUGAAUCCACUUCCCAAACCACUGAUUGCACGCAUUUAAGAGAACAAUGCCUAAGUGAUGCAGAUGGAUGUAAACAUGCAUGGAGAAUAAUGGAAUAUUCAUGCAAUGUUUCAGACCCAGGUAACCCCUGCAAGAUGAAGGACUCAUCAAUCUGUAACCUCAGCAUCCAGUCCUUGGUGGAAAACAAUUUCCAAUUUGAAGAUUGUCUCUGCACUGAUAACCUCUAUUGUACCAUUAACAAAUUGCUUGGGGAACAAUGCAUGAAUGAAUCAGGUAACAUGAAAGAGGAUAAUCAAUCCAAGUGGAAUCUAACUACCCUUCCCUAUCAUGGAAUCAAAGGGAUCCAGUCCUGUUUGGAAGUGGCAGAGGCGUGUGUAGGGGAUGUGGUCUGUAACACACAGUUGGCCGCUUACCUUAAAGCUUGCUCAGCAAAUGGAAAUCUGUGUGAUGUGAAACACUGCCAAGCAGCCAUACGGUUCUUCUAUCAAAAUAUGCCUUUUAACAUUGCCCAGAUGUUGGCUUUUUGUGACUGUGCUCCAUCUGAUAUACCUUGUCAGCAGUCCAAAGAAGCUCUUCACAGCAAGCCAUGUGCGGUGAACGUCGUUCCACCCCCUUCUUGCCUCGAUGUAAUUCACAGCUGCCGAAAUGAUGAAUUAUGCAGGAGGCGCUAUAGAACAUUUCAGUCAAAAUGCUGGCAGCAUAUGAUUAGAAAGUGCCAUGAAGAUGAGCUCUGCAUCAGUACCUUAAGCCAGCAGGACCUCACUUGCUCAGGAAGUGAUGACUGCAAAGCAGCUUACAUUGGUACUUUUGGGACAGUCCUUCAAGUACAGUGCACCUGUAGGACCACUACACAAAGUGAAGAAUCUUUGUGCAAGAUUUUCCAACAUAUGCUUCAUGGAAGAUCAUGCUUUGAUUAUCCAACCCUGUCUAAUGUCAAAGGUAUGGCAUUGCAUAAAAGAACACAUGCAAAGGAGAUAACUCUAAGUGGAUUUCAUUCCCCCUUCAACGGAGAAGUAAUCUAUGCUGUCAUGUGCAUGACAGUCACCUGUGGAAUCCUUCUCCUGGUUAUGCUCAAGCUGAGAACUUCCAGGAUAUCAAGUCAGACAAGAGAUCAUUCUCCAAUCCAAAUACCUGGAGGACUCAUGAUUCAUUAA